AGUUCUGCCUUUCUUCUUGGAGCCUCUAAGGGGAUACACACCAGAAAAGGCCCACAUUACCCCAACAGGGACAUCCAUUCCUUCUACCCACCUCACUUCAGGUAGAGUCACAGAAAUCACUCAAGGACAUAUUUUAAAAGAGAACAUACUCUACAUACUCCCAAGAUGACUGAACAGGAAGACACUUUCUCAGCUGUGAGAUUCCAUAAGUCUUCAGGGUUGCAGAACGAGAUGAGGCUCAAGGAGACACGGAAGCCUGAAAAAGCUCGCCUCAGAGUGUGUUCAGUUCCCUGGCAGCUCAUUGUGAUAGCUCUCGGGAUCCUCAUUUCCCUUCGACUGGUAACUGUUGCAGUGCUUAUGACAAACAUUUUUCAGUAUGGUCAACAAAAACAUGAACUGAAGGAAUUUCUAAAACACCACAAUAACUGCAGCAUCAUGCAAAGUGACAUCAACUUGAAGGAUGAACUGCUGAAAAAUAAGUCUAUAGAGUGUAAUCUUCUGGAAUCCCUCAACAGGGAUCAAAACAUACUGUGUGAUAAAACCAGGACUGUUUUAGAUUACUUACAGCACACAGGCAGAGGUGUUAAAGUAUACUGGUUCUGUUAUGGUAUGAAAUGUUAUUAUUUCGUCAUGGACAGAAAACCAUGGAGUAGAUGUAAACAGAGCUGCCAGAAUUCCAGCUUAACCCUUCUGAAGAUAGAUGAUGAGGAUGAACUGAAGUUCCUUCAGCUCGUGGUUCCUUCAGACAGUUGCUGGAUUGGAUUGUCAUAUGAUAAUAAGAAAAAAGAUUGGGCAUGGAUUGACAAUCGCCCAUCUAAACUUGCCUUGAACACAACGAAAUACAAUAUAAGAGAUGGAGGAUGUAUGUUCUUAUCUAAAACUAGACUAGACAAUAAUUACUGUGAUCAAUCAUUCAUCUGUAUUUGUGGGAAGAGAUUGGACAAAUUCCCUCAUUGACUCUCCAGUGAGUGUUAAAAGUAAAAAAAAAAAAAAAUGAAAAUUUCUGACUCUCAUUUGUUUCCUGUAAUAAUUCAUGACUCCUUAGAAACAAGUGCUUGACCAUUGGACAUAGUCUGCAGUGCAAAGAGAGAGACAAUCUGGAAGAUUUUGGGAAUGUUCUCUGAAACAUGACAUGAAAGAGCAGAGGAUAUCUUCCUUCCCUGUGGAGACUGGACAGAUCUUCUCUGGUCCCGCAAAACUUGAAUGAAUCUGAUUUAUUUGUUUGCAUAAACUCCAAUAGAAUUAAAUAAAGGAUCUUAAUAACCA